UUAGAGUUCAAUCAGAAGGGCAGUGAGAGUCAUUUGGUUGAAAGCCACCGCUGGCGUUGAGCUAACGCCUUUAUUUGAAUUGAAUUCACACAAUAAUCAAAUUCUAGGGUUUAUUCAUUCUCGCGCUCUGCAACCUAAAACCCUCCCAUUUUCAAAUCUCAGGCCACCACCGGCAGUCUCUCCGCGUUAUUCAGGGCCGAGAAGAGAAAUGAGUACAGCAGUGCGAACCCCAAAAUCUGGAAGGCAAUCAUUGUUCUUUCAGGAUUUAGCAACGCCUAUAUCCUCUCGGAAAUCAGGGUCAAAAUUUAGUACCCCAGGUCAGGCAGCAGCUGUUUCCGCCUUGUGGCGUGAGAACUUUUCCAGCUCAGAUCUCCCACCACCACCUGUAUUUACCCUUGAAGAUCGCUCAGAUGUCUCUCCGGAAUCUGGGAUUCCUGAUUAUGUUACUUCACCAGAAAUCAAGUCGGACCCUAGAACUCCAGUACAAACUUCAGGAAGGGAAUUUGCAACUCCUAAGACGAGGUCUGAGGCAAGCACUUCGUAUGCAUUGAUGGGUAAGCAGCAGCAACAGAGUCAGCAAAGCCCCUUGCCGAGUUUGAGCUGGUGGUCACCCUCGAAGGGUAGUGGUAGUGCUGAGCAGGAUGACAAAGGAAAAGGUUCACCAGUCGAAGGCGUCAUACAUCCUGGUGCUUUGAUAACUUUACCUCAACCAAGGGAAGUUGCAAGGCCAGAGAUCAGGAAGAACUCAUUCCCUGUGGGAAACCUCGAUGAGGAAGAAUGGGUCACAGUUUAUGGGUUUUCUCCAAUUGACACCAAUUUGGUUUUGCGGGAAUUUGAGAAAUGUGGCGUCAUUUUGAAACACAUUAUAGGCCCCAGAGAUGCUAACUGGAUGCACAUUCUAUAUCAGAAUCGUGCUGAUGCUCAGAAAGCUCUUAGCAAAAAUGGUAUGCAGAUAAAUGGAGUUCUUAUGAUCGGAGUUAAACCAGUGGAUCCAAUACAACGUCAGGCACUGAAUUGUAGGCUCAAUAAACAGGGAUUUGUACCUUUACCACAUACUCACUCCAGUAAAAGCAAUGAUCCGAUUCCAUUUCAAACCUCCUCUCGUCCUCACUAUCUACAAAAUGGCAGCAACAGUGCAAAACAAGCAUCUGGAUCUGUUGCUACCCCAGCCAAAUCUGUGGUGUCCAAAAUUGUGGACUUAAUGUUUGGCGUCUAAUCUUCCAUGUUUCUAUUGUUCUUUCGUGCUUUUGUGUUAUUUCUACUCUAUAGUGGCAAAAUUCAAAGCUCCUUUUCUUGAAUACAAAUUGACUAGUUCUAUGUGAUUCUCACUCCCUUCCUCCCCUUCGCCUCUAUUCUCUUCUCCGUUUCUCCUCCAAAUGCUUGAUCAUGGUGUAUUUGUAUCAGCUUGAGCUCCGUAGGGUCAUGGGGCUUUGGUAUAAUGGAGAUAUAGAAGUUUAAAUCUCUCUCUCUCUAUCAAUGUAUUUUAUUGAGUGUGAAUAGUUGGCAUUUUGUGAUCGUUUCUCGUGACGUAUGAUCUUUGGAGCAUGACACAUCUCUUUUAUUGUGUUUCCCAAUAUUGAGGUCCCAUUUUAUGUUA